UUGAAAAAGGGUUCAAAAUGGAGACCACUCAACCAAAAGGGAGAAACAAACAUUUCGUUCUCAAAAAAAGAAGACGUAGGACAAUAAUUAAUUCCAAAGACCUUGAAAAACUGGAAAGUUUAUUCAAAACAUCCAAAUGGCCAGACAGGGCUCAAAAAGUAAGAUUGUCGAAAGCAAUAGGGAAAACUGAGAAUUUCAUCAGCACAUGGUUUCAGAAUAGACGAGCAAGAAUGAGACGUCUGGCGAGACAAAAAGAUUUAUUAGAUGAUGUUGAUAUAGGUAAUCCUAAAAGUCAAGUUGACCUAAAAAUAACUGAUGUUCCGGAAGACGAGUCCAGCGGGAGGCUUCACAAAUACAGAUCUAGAUCCUAUAGUAAUCCAAAUAUUCAUCUCAACGAUGCAACAUCAACACACGAGCUUGAAGUUGAUAGCCAAGAUGAUGAUACCACACACACAAGACAUGACGCAACGUUAGAUCCAUCUAAUGCUCAAAACACAUGCGAGCAGUUAACAGUUUCGCCCAUGGAAGAGAUAAAAAGAAGCGACCAACUUACAAACACUCUUGCCAGUCUUGGAAACAAAAAUACGACGUUUGUGAAGAUGACCAAAGCUCCAAAUGACGUUGUACCAUCUGAACGAAGAAUAUUGGUAGAAACACCCAAAGAAGUGCCAUGCUCAACCGACUCUACGUCCUGGGACAACGUAUUCCGAAGAAUCGUCGAUAUGAUGGCAGCUUCGGAAUCUGUUAUGCCAAAGUCAGACGCUUCAUUUCCGUUUGCAGUGAAAGAUGCAGCACUUGGAAUCCGUCUUAAGGAUGGAAAGCUUUUUUACAGCAAACAAUAUGGACUAGAUUUUGAGGAUUCGAACUAAUUUAAAGAUUUGACGUCGGAAAAGGGAACACUUUUAUUUAUUGCCAUGUUGCCUAAAAUAUGUAGAUAUUCGUCAUGUAAAAUAUUGUAGCCGUUUUACCAAUUUAAUUAUAGGCUCAUUAACGCUA